UCGCGUUUGGUGCAGGCCGCUUAUAAAGUCAGUGUUUUAAAAAAAAGUGACAUCUUUUUUUCGAAUAGUGUUCUUUAUUCGGAUUUUCGCAGUGACCAGUGUUGUGGUUUGCAGUUGGUUUGCGGUUUUUUAAACACAGUACCGGCAUUUAUUUUGAACAAGAUGGCGCGCUGGUGCGCUGUGGCGGCGCUUCUCGCGCUGACAAUCUGCGCGUGCGCAGCGGAAUCACGGUUCCCGGAGGCCUCAUCAGCUCAGCAGCAGGCGGACGCGGAUGAGAUGGUGGCGAACCUGUUGCGUUGGAUUCAGGGGGUCUACCAGCAGAGGAAUAGGAAAGCUCGUCAGUAUUUUGGAGGGAAACCAGAAAAACCAAGACCGUUCGAGCCUGCGUCCUAUCUGCCACCAACCGGGUAUCCACCAUCAGGGUCAAGACCCACACCUUCAUACAGUGAGGGUCCGUCACCCUCGUCUCCGUCGUACCAGCCCAGUCAGCCAUCUCCCACCCCUAGCCAGCCCUACCUUCCACCUAGUCAACCAGAGCAACCGCCAUAUUCACCCAGUCAGCCUUCUUUCACACCAAGUCAACCUUCUUUCACACCAAGUCAACCAGAUUACCAACCCAGUCAACCUGGAUACCAACCGAGUCAGCCCUCAGAGCCCAGUUAUCAACCUAGCCAGCCUACUUCCCCGUCAUAUCAACCUAGUCAACCAUCGCCAAGUGAUGAGACCCCUUCUUAUGUACCACAACCACCAGAAAAGCCUAUUAUACCAGAAAGCUCCCCGUCACCUGUGCCUGAUGCCGAUGAUGACGACCGUCACCCUCCUCAUAUCCACGCGAUCACUGUGGACUGUGGCAAGGAAAUGAUGACCAUCAACAUCGAGUUCAACAAACCUUACAACGGUCUCAUUUACUCCCAAGACCAUUUCAAUGAACCUGCAUGUGUCUACGUCCGCGAGAACUCUAAUCAAGUAAAAUUCUCAUUCACCGUUAGUCUGAACACUUGUGGAACCAGAUUCUUCAGUGAUUUCGAAAACGAAGGUCAAGCGUACUUGGAGAACGUCCUCGUUCUGCAGAAUGAACCAGGCAUUCAAGAAGUGUGGGACCAUAUCCGUAGAGUGAGAUGUUUGUGGGAAGGAAACCUGACUAAGCAGCUGGUGUCUUCCCUCAGCGUAGGAAUGUUGAAUCAGAUUACAAGCAACUUUAGUGGAGACACUGCUAUGGCGCGACUGGACAUCCAAGUCGGAAAGGGACCGUUCGCUCCUGAAGCAAACGGCUUGGUUAAGAUUGGAGAAACCAUGACUUUAGUUGUAACGGUCACAGGCGAUGCUGGCUUCGACAUCUUCGUCAGAGAAUGCGUUGCUCGUGACUCUCAGAGCAAUCACGUCGUUCCGUUGACUGAUAGCAACGGCUGCGUCCUGAAACCUAAACUCUUCGGCGCCUUCCAGAAGACCAGAGAAACAGGGAAUACUGGAGCAUCUGUCAUAGCAUUUGCGUACUUCAACGCGUUCAAAUUCCCCGACGAGAUGGACUUGGUCAUCCAAUGCGACGUGGAGCUGUGCAAGACUGACUGCGAUGCCUGCCCCAACCCUGGAAGCUUAGAGCCUAGAAGAAGAAGACGCGAUCUGAUCCAUAUAGGGAACAGAACUGUUGAGCCUUCCACGACUAUUAGCAAAGGGUUGAGGGUGGUGUUGUCUGAAGAUCUGCCUCCAGAACCAGCAGGGUUCUGCGUGUCACCAUCGGCAGCGUUGUGGGGAAGUGUUCUAGUCUUCCUCGGGUCUCUGCUGACCAGCGUUAGUGUGUCGUUCUGCUGGAUGAGAUCGCAAGGAUCCGUCAAGUUUGCGUAAGCAAUUUGAUUGUGAUGAAAGUGUGAAUGUGUUAGUAUGGACCAUGGACCUAUAAAAAAAGUCGGACGGAUUCUCAUCAACAAAAUACUGUGACAUUAGGAUACACCAGCUUGCCUGUACGUACAGGCCGGCACGCACACAUUCACACCCUGAUACACCACUUCAAGUGCAAACUUCACACAGUUGACACAUUUAAGCAGCGAAAAAACAACACGAAUACGACAUGUCUUGUGUGAUGACAUUGUGUAAAAACCGUUCUGUUCGAACAAACAAAAAUUAAGGAAUCACAUUUCACAGGCAAAAUAAUAAUCCAAUCACUUAUUUCCCGACAUUAAAAUAUUGAAAUUAAUUGAAAUCAAACGUCAUUCACUCGAAAAAAUAAUACGUCAAAGACCAGUGUUCUCAGUUAUUUACGUGGGAAAAUUACUCGAAAUAUGGGAAAUUAAUAAUAAUUUUAGGACUUUUUAGUUAUUUAUUACGCAUAUGGAAAUAAAAUGAUUUAUCAUAAUAAUUGUGUUUUAAUGGGAUAUAUUUUCAUAGGCAAAUUUGAUCCUUCCCAAAAAUGUGGAACUGCGAAAUUCAAAUUUUCUUACAUUGAUUGCAAGUCAGUGUCAGGUUGUAUGUUAAAAAAAAUCUAUCAGAGAUAAUAAUAAUAUAUUAAUGAUGCAUAAGAUUAUGAUUAUAAUGUACACAAGAUUCGUAAUUUGUAACUGCGUGAAUCAUUUUUGAUCAACAUUAUGUAUGUAAUUGUACAUACCCUGACACACUGACUUGCAAACUAUGUAAGAAAAUUUGAACAUUGAAAAUUUGAACAUUGAAAAUUUCGCGCCUACCUCAACGCAUUCACCUUUCAUCCUUUUAAAAUGGCACGGAAUAAUUCUGUCUACAUUCCCAAGAAACAUCUGCCGAUCUAUGUUUUUCUUAAAAUAAAUGGGUAAAAUGUUUUGGCUAACAUGGCAUCCCUAAAUUCACUCACACAAUAGACAAACGCCAAAAUUUUGCGUCACAGUUUUGUUGUAGCGCGAGUUCCGUCCGCCUUUUUUUAUAGGUCCAUGGUAUGGACAAUAAGAUACGCGUCGAGAAGAUAUCUAGGCUGAUGAUUUGUUUUCUCAAAUGCGGUCACUAGCUCAUCGAUGUAUUGAAUGUUAUAUGUCUUGAUUCGAAUGUCACAAUUGAUAUUAAAUUGAUUUUGGACCUUCUAAAGAACUAACUGCAUCUUUAUGUAGUUAUAUGUAAAGGGUAUGAUUGUACAAUAUACGAGUACCUUAAGCUGGAGUAUAUUAAGCUGGUGACAGUAGAAGGACAAGGAGAAUCUCUAUUUGAUAAAAUAUUGUGCUUAAAAUACAGGUUUUGAUGAUUGAUUGCUAGAAAAAAAUGUGAUAAUGUUAUUACCUACAAUGUAAACAUUCUCAUAGGUAAUAUUAAAACCUAUUUAUGAAUGUUAAUGCAAACUAAUAAAUAGUGUGAAUGAACAACGAAUUAACAUGGUAUAAAAAAAUACUAUCUGUAAUUUUUGUAGAUAAAACUUAAAAUACUAACUGCAAACAAAAAUAAUUUAUAUCCUAAGUAUUUCUACCAUUAGACUAACGAUCAACUUAGUUGUAAAGUAUUUAAAUGUUUAAUAUAGAGCAGGAUAGUGUUUUUAUCAUUCAUUUAGAGAUUUAUAUAAAUUCUGCUAUUAAUGAAAUAUUUUCUGUAAAUAUUAGUUAAGUUCGACUUAUUGUUAAUUAAUAAACGGUUGUGAACCUGAA